AUGACGGCCAAACUCUCGGAUGAUAGUGAAGACUUACUUGAUUCGUGUGCCAUCUCCGCGGCCAUCUCCUUGCCCGAUGACGAAGCAGCACCCCCGCGCGCAACUCGCGCUGCAUCUACAAAACCUGGCGUUGUACGGCAUAGAAGCGAGCCCGAUAUUGGAGACAACGUCAACGGUGGCAUAAUCGAUGGUCGCGGGUCAAUCUUGAAUGAUAGCUCUGAGAGAGAGCGCGCGGCGCAAUGCGUUAGCCAGAGCAGCUCUUUAGUGACGGCUCGAGACGACAACACCGCUUCUCCUCGCGAUGAUGCGUCCGUUCGCACUAUACCCGUAGACCUGCCCGGUGGAACGAAUCGCUGCGCGAAGCACGGAGCCGAAGAAUCCAAUGACUUCCAAAUUGCCAAGAAGGUUCGUGCCGCUACGAGAAUGCAGCACCCAUUGCCACCAAGACCGAGCAGUCCUGAACCGAGUACGCCAACUAUCUCUCAAUCCUUCUGGAACACUCAUGACAACGCGCACGCCUUACCAGCCAAGCCCGAGCAACGUACUCUUCCACCUCUUGAUCUUCCUCUGAAGCCACCUCGCUCCGCUUCAUUAUUCUCUCAAGAUAGUGGAAAUCGCUAUAGGUACCGUGGUAGCUCGAACAACGAAUUGCCAUACGGGGAGCGCAGGCACGACUCCAGAAUGAGAUAUAAUGCACGACAGAAAGCAUCCUCGUAUAUUUCAGUACAAUCAGGAUCCUCUUCGCACUUCAGUCCAAGCCAUUACGAUUCUCCCUCAACAUGUAACGGCUUCUUCUCGGUCAUAGGCAGCGUAGCUUCUUAUCUUCGUCCUGACACAAAUCACCAUGUGCCAUCCGCAGCAGCAGAGCAGGCUGCGAGGAACGGGAGACACGGCAUCAACACUACUGGACGUGCCGAUCCACCAAAUCGACCAGAGCACUUUCGAACGGGUGACCUCGUUAAAGCCAACUUCUGCGAGUUCGCUUUGAACCCAAAUGCCGACCCAAAGACUGACUCCAAGUAUACUCAGACGCCUCGAGAGAUAGUGCAAGCGGGAGAAAGACUUUUCGUGGCCAUCCGAAUCCGGACUACGGGGGUUGAGUGCGUUCCAAUUCAGAGUGCUGACGGGAAAGGCCCACACAAGCCACAAGACACGCAUGUUUUCCGUUUGAUCGAUGAGUUUCCGGACGACUAUAGAUCGAACGACGGAAACGCUCCAGCGCGUGUCAGAAUGUUCGACCGACCGCCGAUUAAACAAGGAAGCAACAUCCACACUGAGGAUGCCAGGAUUAUCAAGUACGAGGCAGUGGCUACCGUGGUUGGGGCCGUGCGAUACAAAGAUACGUGCCGGAUACUAGCGGCAAUGAACAUCAGAACUGAUAAUCGCGAAGUGCGGUGGCAAUAUCAAAGUGGCUGGAAUGGAGUGUAA